AUGACGCGCGGCCGCGGGAUCGCCGGGCUCCGCGCCGCGAUCCUCUUCCUGAUGUGCUUGACACUCUCCUCCGCGGGCGUCGCGCGCGCGGCGCGCGCCGGCGACGCCGCGGCGCCGGCGCCAGCCCCGACGCGAUCGCGAUCGCGCGCCGACGACGCUUCGCCGAGAUCGUCGCCGUCGCCGUCGCCGUCGCCGUCGCCGUCUUCCUCCGAGCGAGCGCCGAUGGACGCGCGAGAGACCCAAACGCCGUCGGAGGACGACGACGACGCGGACGCGACGACCGAGCCGGGCGGCGUCGUGGACAUCUCCGACUUCAGCGAGUCCGAGAAGGACACGCACGCGCGCGUGCUCGCGUCGUUCGCGGAGCGCUCGGGGGACAUCUCGCCCGCGGGCGCGUGCGCGGCCGUCAUCGCGGACUCGUGCGUGCCCUCGGCGAUGCACCCGGAUUUCCUCGCGCGCAUGGCGAUCGCGGAAGGCGACGCGGACGGGGACGUCGCCGAGAAGAAGAACGACGAGGUGAAGACCGACGCGCCGACGACCAAGACGACCGAAAAGACGAACGCGACGACGACGACGAAGACGACCGAAAAGACGAACGUGACGACGACGACGAGGAGCUCGAGCGCGUCGCCUUUGGCGUCGCGGAGUCUCCUCCAAGUCGCCGUCGGCCACCGCUCGUACUUUGAGUGCGUCAAGAGCGUCUCCGCUAAGGGCCCCGCGGCGAUCACCCCCGCGUGCGAGAAGGAUAUCAGGGACGCGUACUCGCGACGGUUCGCGGACUUUCGUCUGGACUUUGACCUCGCGUCGGCGUGCGGCGCCGGCGACGACGCCGACGUGAAGAAAUUCUGCGGCGACGUCGAACCCGGCACCGGGCUCGUGUUCCGCUGCCUCAAGUCGCGCAAGCGAGAGCUCUCCCCGGACUGCGCGGCGAUCGUCGACGCGAGGCAGAUCGACCAGAGCGAGGACGUGUCGCUGGACGCGCCGCUCGCGACGAUGUGCGAGGACGACCGCGCGAAUCUCUGCGCCGCGGUGGCGUGGGGCGGCGGCCGCGUCGAGCAGUGCCUCAAAGACAAGCGCGCCGCGCUCAGCCCUCGGUGCAAGAGAGAGCUGUUCCGACGAGAGGUGGAGGAGAGCGAGGACGUGCGGUUCGACGGGUUCCUCGCGCGCGCGUGCGCGGUGGACAGAGACGCGUUUUGUUCCUCGAUUCCCCCCGGCGAGGCGAGGGUGGUCGCGUGCCUCGCGAACCACCUCGACGACGCGACGUUCACGCAGGAGUGCAGGUCCGCGAUGGAGAGAAAGUCGGUUCGAAGAGCCGCGGACUGGCGCCUCGACUUUCGCACGCGCCGCGCGUGCGAGGCGGUCGCCGCGGAGCUCUGCGCGAGGGAGCUGGAAGACGCCGAGGACAAAAUCAGCGCGUCCGGCGCGGUGUUGGAGUGCCUCAAGCGGAACCACGCGGCCGGGAACGUCACCGACGAGGCGUGCGCGGCGGACAUCACGCGACGGAUGGCGUCCUCCGCGAGCGACAUCCGCGGCGACGCGGCGCUCGUCGCCGCGUGCGCGUCGGACCUGAAGUCGCACUGCGCGGAGGUGACGCCCGGAGAAGGGAAGUUAUGGGCGUGUCUGGAGAAAUACGAGAGCGUCUUGUCGCCGUCGUGCGCGGCGAAGCUCUCGGAGCGAUCGCAGUGGGCGGGCGAGGACUGGCGCGCGAACCCGAAGAUCGCGGCCGCGUGCGCCGCGGAGGCGUCGUCGCUGUGCGCCGACGUCAAGCCCGGGAGAGGACGCGUCGUGGAGUGCCUUCGCGCGGCGGCGGACGCGGAGAACGGCCCUGAGGGCGCGGGGAUGGGCGCGGAGUGCGCGGCGGCGGUGACCGCGGACCGCGUCAAAGCCGCGGGGGACAUUCGCUUCGACCGCGACGCGCGUACCGCGUGCGAGGACGACCGGGCGCGUCUGUGCGCGGACGUUCCGAAGGGGGAAGGGCGCGUGCUCAAGUGCCUGCGCGACGCGACGAGGGCGGGGAGGGUGAAGUCCGACGCGUGCGUCGCGUCCAUGAGGAGGGCGAUGAAAGCGGCGGCGAAAAACUUCGAGCUCGACGCGCCGCUCGCGUCCGCGUGCGCGGAGGACGUGAAGAAAUACUGCGCGGGGGUCGCCCGCGGGCGCGGGCGCGGGCGCGUGCACGCGUGCCUGAAGAAGCACGCGCGCGACGUGAGCCGCGAAUGCGCCGCCGCGAGGGAAGCCGCGGAGAAGGAGGCUGACUUUGUCGACGACGCGAGAUCCCCGCGCGACGACGACGACGACGACGAGCCGCGGAAGAUGGGGUCGGAGCGUUUCUGGGACAAGGCGUCGGCGAGCGCGGAGGAACGGCUCAAGAUGAAGGGCGCGGAGAUGUCGGACGAGCAGAAGGAGACGCUUCUCGGCGCCGUGGACGCGUUCCACGAGCGCGGCGCCGCGCGCGCGGCGAAAGGGUUGGACCCGGCCCCGCCGCCGAUGCACUGGACGCGGAUGCUGAUGGAGGUGCCGUACGCGAUCGCGCUCAUCGUGGGCGCGGUCGUGCUCGUCGCCGCGGUCGUGGCGUACUGCGUCGUGCGACGGUCGCUGACGCGCCUCGUGAAGACGCACAAGAGCAUUCAGAUGUCCGCGAGCAGGAACAGGACGACGGCGCGCGUGUGA